UUAUUUUGUAACAUUGUGAAUGGCUGUAGUCUUUGUUUCACGUGAUCGCAGUGCAAGUAGUGUGUCAGGUGACUCAUGUCAGCUGACUGGGGCCAAGCUGAAUAUGGCGGUGCUGUCAGAGAUCUACUGAAUAAACAAACAUCUUCAUAACAUAAAACAAAAAUUACGAAAACAACCGAGGAAAGGAAACGAAAGUCACAAUGAAUGGACCUAGUGUGUCACUUUUCAAUGGAACUACUGAGCAAAAUGGCUCUGAGGGUGAACAUAUCUGGGAGAGGCCUUGGUCUUUGGAAGAGAUGCGUAAGACCAGUGAAAACUGGUCUUUGGCUGCAGACUCUGGGCUUCUUCUCUUCCUGCAAGACUUUUCACAACGAAUUAUGUCAAAAACCCAUGAAAUUGAGAAGCAGCUUGAUGGACUGAUCCGUGACACAAAGGCAACUGACUGUUGCCUGCAUACUGUCUUUAAUGAUUUCCUCAUGCUCUCCAAUACCCAGUUCAUAGAAAAUAGAGUUUAUGAUGAGGAAGUAGAAGAGGCUAUCUCAAAGCCUGAUGCAGGAGAAAAGUCAUCAGAACAGGAGAAAACACGGGAGCAGAAGGAAGCUGAAUUGAUUCCAAAAGUCCAAGAAGCAGUCAACUAUGGGCUAAGAGUAUUAGAUUCUGCGUUUGAACAACUGGACAUGAAAGCAGGGAACUCCGAUUCUGAAGACGAAGAAUCCAAUGACCGAGUGGAGCCCAUACUGGAACCCAAGGAUCUGUAUGUUGACAGACCGUUACCCUACUUAAUCGGCUCACAGCUGUUCAUGGAGCAGGAUGACGUGGGGCUUGGAGACCUCUCCAGUGACGAAAUAUCGAUAGACAGUGAUCGAGAUAGUGUCGUUGACAGUGAAGAGGAUCAUAAUGAAGAGCAUUCAGAGGAAGGCUUUGAUGAUCACGAAGAUGAGGUCCAAAGCAUUUCAAAGAAAAAAUCGUCAAUGAUCAGUGAUGAAGAGGAGGAGGAUGAUGAUGAGGAGGAGGGCUCUGACAUCUUUGGGGAUUCAGAACAAGAUGAGGAUGGUGAUGAAAAUACAAAGAACGCUACUGCCGCCUCGUCAUUUGCAGAUGAACUCGCUGCUCGAAUUAAAGGAGAUGUUCCCAGCAAGCAGGGUGAGGAGAGGGCAUCAUUAUCAUCGGUUCCAUCCUCAACAAAGAAGAAGGGUAAAGCGAAGAAGGAAACAAAAAAAGUUACAACUGAGGACAAGGAAGACGAUGAUGAACUGUUUAAACCUCCUAAAAUGGAAGAUGAGGAUUUCUCUCUGUUUGGUGGUAAAGGAGGUCUGUUCAGUGGAGGGAAGGGGCUAUUUGAUGACGAUGAGGGGGAUCUUUUUGCUGAAGUGCCAAAACAGGAACAGGACGAAAAAACAACCAAGGCACCUGUUAGUAAAGAAAACAAUUUGUUUCAAUCCACUUCAGUUUCUGUUGAAGCCAAACAAUAUGGUAAGCAGACGGAGCCGAAAUCUCAAAAUGCUCAAAAACAAGCAACCUUAGGGGGUCUUUUUGACGAUGAAGAGGAUGACUUCUUUAGUGGAACCAACGUGAAAACAGGAUCUGAAAAGGCUAAACCUAAGGCAGCAGUGGAUCUGUUUGGUGCUGAUGAUGAUAAAGAUGAGGAUGAUGAUGGAGAUAUUUUUAACGCAAAUACGAAUACUUCAACAUCUACAGUUCAGCGCAAAGAUAAAAACACAGAAGAGGAGGCACACAUACCUCAGAAGAAGCUGCCUGCUGGAGCCAUUUCAAUGUUUGGACCUGGGACCAAAAAUCUUGUGGAAAAUCUCAGAAAACGGCAGCCAUCUACAAGUGAAGAGUCAGAGAAAUCAGAAGAGAAUGCACCUUCACAAGAAAUAUUCAAGCCAUUAACUAAAACAGUUGAAAAAUCACAACCCAGCCUUUUCUCUGAUGAGGAAGAUUCACAGGAGAUAUUCCCUUCCAAUCAAAACACCAAUAAAAACAAAUCUAACUCGGCGCCUUUAUCGCAAAGCAAAACAAAAAAAUCUCUGCUCUCAUUUUUCGACGAUGAAGAGGAAGAGGAUCUCUUUGCGUCUGCAUCUUCAAAGAAAGCACCAGAAAUCAGUGCAAAAAAAUCCCAGGAAACAAAGACACCAUCGCAACAAACCAGAAAACCUGUUACCAGCUCACUCUUCAGCGAUGAUGAGGAUCAGUGGGAGAACUCCAAGCAAUCUAGAAGCAUAGCACAGGGUGACACAAAGAAAGAAAGUGCAAAAACUAAAGGCACAACAACUCCCAAAGUCCUGCAAAACACCAGCAUCUUUACUGAUGAUGAUGAAGACUUGUUUGGGUCUACAAAGGCAGACGGAAAAAAGAAGCCUCAAAGAGCAUCUCUGCUGUUUGAAGAAGAGCACGAUGAUGAUGAAGACAAGGAAUUGUUGUUUAAUAGUAAACCUACAGUCAGUACAACUCCUCCUGAGAUAAAACAGAAACCUCCGGCACCAUCUCUGUUUGACAACAAUAAAAAAGACGACUUGUUUGACGAACCAGUCAAAUCAAAACCAGCUGUUGAAAAGCCAGAAACCAAGAAGAAGCCUGCUGGAGCAGUCAGCCUGCUUGGAGGAAUAGACGUGCUGGUGCAGCCACCACAAGACACUGCAAAAACUCCUCAAGAUGACCUUGAAAAUGAUGAAUAUCUGUAUAAAGAUGCCCCUCCUCCUCUGGAAGAGGAACCGCAGAACAAGAAGAAUAUACUGAGCUUGUUUGACAAUGAGGAGGAGGAGGAAGAUCAAGGUCCGAUGAUAUCUAGCAAGACACCACUGAAAGACACCCAGAAGCUGGCUGAGCAGAGGCCUCGCACAAAGAGCACUGGAGUGUUUCAAGAUGAGGAGCUGCUCUUUAGCCAGAAACAAGAAAAAGACAACGACCCUGAUGUUGAUCUCUUUGCCACGGAAGGGAAGACGGUGACAUAUGAAAAUCCUGCUGCAAAACCUCAAGAAACAACUCGGGCUUCUGGUGUGAAAGCACCCUUGCUAGAUGCUGCUGGUGAUGAUGAAGACGACCUUUUUAGCAAAGCUGUGAAGACUUCAAAGCCUGCCAAAUCAUCUACAGCAGCACCUGGAUUGUUUGGAGAUGAUGAAGACGACGACUUAUUCAGUGUUGUAAAGCCAAAGCAAUCAUUGAAACCACCAGAAAAGAAGCUAUCGGCGUCUGUUAAAGAUAAUAAAGCUGAAUCAUCUGAGACGGCUGUUAGCAAAUCUCCAGAGCCAAGAAGAGAAACCACAACCCUGCCCAAGGCAGAAGAAAAUGAGAAACCCACAGGCUCAGCUCCUAUAAAAAGUAAAGAGCCUUCGUCACGGAUUGGAAAACUUCAAGCUAAUUUGGCAAUUAACCCAGCCAGUCUCCUCCCUGGCUCUGCCCGUCGGAUCCCAGGAGCUGUGACUGUAACGCCAGGUGUGGGGUCUCUUCCCAGUCACUCCGAGGGGACGCAGGUUACUGCUGCCUCGUCACAGGAGCUGGGGGUCAGCUUUGAUUCUCCAGCUCAGGCCCAAACGCUACAGACUGCAAUUAAGAGUCGUGCUAAAGUAACUGGAAAACGAAGACCUCAAACAAGAGAGGCUAGACACUUGGCAGCUCAGCUGUCCGAUGAAGUGAACGGGUAUGGAGGUGCCCAGAGUGUUUCAGGGGCAGAAGCCAGCAGCUCUACAGUGAGCACAAGACCAGCUCACACCCCAGAAAUUAUUCCUGCUGAAAAGCAACUUUUCCUAAAUCCAGCAGUAUCCAAACUGCCCACAGCAGAUAAAAAACCUGUCCAAAUUGAGGAUACCAAGCUGAAGCUGCCAGAGGUUACUAAUGACCUCUUUGGUUCUGAUGAUCUGUUUGCCUCAAGCUUGGCACAGAAGAAGGCAGCUGUCCCUAAAACAGAACCAGAAAAUCUUGAGAAUACAACAAAGCCUCUGCCCCAGCCUGAGAAGAAAGAAACGGUCCAUUCCAUAUUUGAUGAUCAAGGAGGUGAUCUCUUCUUGUCAUCUAAGCAGAACAGCUCAAAGAAAGCCAAGUCCAUUCCAUUCCUGGAAGAUGAAGAAGACGAUCUGUUCGGAGCUGGGAAAAGCACAACAGUUAAAGACUCCAAGCCUGUUGCACAGAAGGAGUCCAAACUACCAAAACGAGAUAUUUUUGAGGAUGACAUCUUUGAAACAGAAGUUGCUAAACCACCUAAAAAUCCUAAAGAGAAAGUCCUUGAUUCCUUGUUUGAUGGUAACAUUGACAUAUUUGCUGACCUGACAACAACAAAACCAAAAGAAAAGAAGGCAAAGAAGAAAAUGGAAACAAAAUCUAUAUUCAAAGAUGAUAUGGAUGACAUCUUUUCAUCUGGUAGCACAAAAAAGACUGCAAAACCCCAGUCCAAAUCAAAAACCAGCCAACCAGCAAAGGAAACUGACACUACUGACGGAAUGGGCCAAAGCAUUUUUGACGACCCCCUUAAUGCCUUGGGUGGCAAAUAAUUUUUUUUUCCAGAAGCCAGAUUUUUAAUAUGGUAUUAAGGGUCUGUAUGAUCCCAAAUGGGUAGUAUGUAUUAACACUGUUAUAGCUCAAUGUAAAAUGCAUAUGGAUAGCCUGGAAGGAAUUGUUAUGUGAGACUGGGUAAACUCCCAGUGACAUGCUUAAAGAUUGAGUUCGUAUUGCUGGGAAAUAAAUAGAGAUGAUAGAUAUGAUAGGGAAAUAUUAAAGCUCUGCAUUUAAAAGACAUAGUUUCCAUUAAUUUUGUUCAAGUCCGUUUUAGCACUUAUAUCCCAACAAUUUGUUUUAUAUAGAGAUAUACAAAUGUAAUGAAUAAAUAAUACACCUCUUUAUACACUGAAGCAGAAGCAUAUUUGCUGUAUCAUAGAAUAUUUUAACAUCCCCCUGAAAAAUGUUUGGUAACAACAUUACAAUGUUAAAUGUAAUUUUUAUAUAAGAUGGACAUGUAUCAUGAAAACUCUGUAAGCUUUAAGUGGAAAAAUUGUGCAUGUUAUAAUUUGAUUUCUAAAAACUAAAUGGCAUUUGUUUAAA